UCUUUCGGCCUAACCAAAAUUCACGUCCUCGCCGCAUGUCCUCGCCGAUCUAACGGACCGUGUGUUUACCCUUUUUUUCGCUCCACCUUCAAUGUGACCUGCUGCGGCAACAGGCAACGCAUGACGUUCGCGAAAUUUUCGAUGGAGCCGGGGAUUUCCAGUCGACUUGCGAGAGCUCAUUUUUAACUCUUAACACAUACAUAGAAAGUACAAGCCUUAUCUGUGAUCUACUCUUUUGUAAUCUGGUAUCUUUCCUUUCUGGUUGUGUUCCGCGUUAAGUACGACUGCGAUCCUCGCGUCAUCGCCGCGGUGCGUGUCACCUCAGUUGCGACCAUGCCCAGGUGCCCAAGAAUUAACGGGUCCGUGAGGAGCAACUUCGAUAGACCUCGUCACGGUGUCACGUGUAGAAAGGAACAAAGCCGCUGCACGCCGAGAAUGAUUGAAUCCUUGACAGGCGAUGAGUUUAUCGCUCGUUAUGACAAAUUGACGGAGCUCAACGUGCAGCACGUGAAUAGUCUCAGGAUCUCCUCGAGUCUCCAGACCAAAAGGAAGAACAUGAAAUGCAACAAGAUCGCGGCGGGUAAAAUCGAGGGACAAGUCACGUUGAGUUCCUCAGACGCUGUGCCAGACGAUACGACCCGUCCUGCGCAGCUUGCAAGCACGUCUCAGGUUUCCUCGAGUCUUCAGUCUGAAAGGAGCAACGCAAAAUGCAGCGAGAUUGCGGUGGAAAAAAUCGAGGGACAAGCCGCGUUGAGUUCCUCAGACGCUGUGCCAGAUGAUACGGACCGUCCUGCGCAGCUUGCAAGCACGUCUCAGGUUUCCUCGAGUCUUCAGUCUGAAAGGAGCAAAUGCAGUGAGAUUGCGGUGGGAAAAAUCGAGGGACAAGCCGCAUUGAGUUCCUCAGACGCUGUGCCAGAUGAUACGGACUGUCCUGCGCAGCUUGCAAGCACGUCUCAGGUUUCCUCGAGUCUUCAGUCUGAAAGGAGCAAAUGCAGUGAGAUUGCGGUGGGAAAAAUCGAGGGACAAGCCACGUUGAGUUCCUCAGACCUGUGCCAGACGAUACGGACCGUCCUGCGCAGCUUGCAAGCACGUCUCAGGUUUCUUUCAGUCUCCAGUCCGAAAGGAGCAACAAUCGAGGGACAGAUCGCGUCGACUUCUUCGGACGCUGUCCCAGAUAAUACAACCAGUCCUGCGCAGCUUGCAGGCACGUCUCGGGUCUCCUCAAGUCACAAAUCGACAGCGAAGAACACGAAGCACGGUACCGCGGACAGACGUGAGAGAGCUGUGGAAGAAGAAAGGACGAAUGACCAUAAAACGACGAAAGUGUCAGCUAACGAUAGAAGCAGGACUAAAAAUUUAGUUAUGAAUCAGGCUGAUACUUGCGAUAACAAGGGAAGAAACUGGAGAUUGUCAAGAGGAAAUGCAAGGAAUAGGGCAGAAACGCAUAUGACAGCAGAGGCAGGAAACAAAUCAAGCACAGGGAAAGAAAACCGUAGCGAGGAAAUGAUAAUGAGCAAUGCGAAAAAGAAAAGGAAUACGGAGAGAGCGACAAAGAAGAAGAUAUUUUCGGAUUACAUACCUGUGCCAAAAAUGAUGAACAUUUUGAAAACCCAAUCACUCAACGAUUCACAAUAUGUGAAAGGGAAUCUCCGCGUGAAUCCUUCUUGUUAUAAAUUUGCUUAUUUGCGUUUGACUAAUGAAGAACGCGACCUGCUGAUCCUAGGUAUAUCGAGUAGAAAUCGUGCUCUUGAAGGAGAUCUGGUUGUGGCGCAUGUAAACCCUGAGAAACAUUGGUUCAAAUGUUCUGAUGGAGGAAUACAAAAGACUGGUCAAAUUGUUUGUAUAUUAGAGAAAGUGCACCCGAGACAGGCGGUCGGACUUAUAAAGAAGCAGGAGUCGCUCCUCAUGUUUCAUCCAAGAGAUCAUAGGGUACCACUGGUUGAAAUACUUCCUGAAUCAGUGCCACCUUUGUAUCACGACCAACCUGAACUUUAUAAGAAUACAAUGUUUUUUGUCACUAUCGAUGUUUGGGAGCAGCAAACCUUUGCCUUUGGGCGGGUUCUUUCGGUAGUGGGCAAAAGUGGCGAGAUAGACACGGAAUUGAAGGCAAUAAUUCUUGAAAAUAAUUUAGACGUAUCUCCUUAUCAAGAGACACUGUUGGAGGGACUUCCAGGUAGUGAUUACACUUUAACAGAGGCUGAUAUGAAGGACAGGGAAGAUUGGAGGCACAAGUGCGUUUUUACGAUAGAUCCCCCGACAGCUGUUGACAUAGACGACGCCCUUUCGUGCGAAGUAUUGGCUAAUGGGAACUAUGAAAUCGCUGUACAUAUAUCUGACGUUACGCACUAUUUGGAAUUUUUCUCGCCGCUAGACACGGAAGUUUUGAAACGAGCUACCACUAUUUAUUUGCCACAUAUGACUUCUCACAUGUUACCAGAGCAACUGUGUAAAAUUUGUUCUUUGCUACCUGGUAAAGAUAGAUUAGCCUUUUCCGUGAUCUGGGAGAUGACGCCAGACUCUGAAGUUAUAAAAUAUCGCUUCGCAAAGACUGUGAUAAGAUCGUGUUGUCAAAUGUCCUAUGACUCGGCACAAGCCAUGCUCGACAAUCCUGAAAAAUCCUAUCCAGAAGAUUUUCUCGACAUAAAAGGGGAUUAUACCGUGUCAUUGUUAUCUGCCAUAGUGAACAAGUUAUUUAAAUUGUCCACUCAGCUGCAAAAUAAACGGUUUGUCAACGGCGCGCUCAGAUUGGAUCAACCAAAGUUACAAAUACGCAUAGACUCUACGCUCAGCCUGGAACACGGGACUCCGGUACCUAUAAAUUAUUAUGUGUAUGAAAGAAACGAUAGCAACAGUCUUAUAGAAGAAUUUAUGCUGUUGGCGAAUAUGACAGUUGCCACACAAUUGUACAUUAAAAUUCUGACAGCUUUAUUACGUAAUCAUAAAGCUCCGUCCAAGCACUGUCUCAGAGCAGUUUAUAAUACGUUGCAAAAGUAUGGAAUUCAUUUGCACAUUGAAACAGCUGGAUCCUUACAGGCCAGCAUCAAUUACUAUAAUCCAGAAAAUAAUUCUACCGAUACCAUGAAAUAUAUUACGAUGGUCGUCGUAAAUAUGUGUUUAAAGGCUAUGCCACGUGCAGAUUACAUAUGCGCUUCUACCACUUUGCAGCAUGAUUUAAAACACUAUGCAUUAAAUGUACCUCUUUACACGCACUUUACGUCUCCUAUUCGAAGGUAUUCGGACUGCAUAGUUCAUCGUUUGCUCAGUGCCACGCUCGAAAAUAAACCUUUACCAGAAAAAUGGACGAUCCAGUUGUGCUCAAAAAUCGCAGCUAAUUGCAAUGUGAAGAAAUAUAGUGCGAAACUAGCUCAGGAACAGAGUACGGAGGUGCUCUUCGCGUACAUGGUAGGUCUUUCAGGCGGAUUUAAAGCAGUAGCUAUUGUGAUAUAUGUGAAGGAAGACGGUAUAGAAGUUAUGCUCUGCGAUACCGGCAUAAAAUUAAGAAUCAGUCUUAAAGACAUAGAACAUGCUGCCACAUUACAGUAUUCUGCAGAUUGUACACCAACUGUAACUGUUAAUUGGAAGGAACCUUCCAGCGUACAGGUAAUCAAUUUGUUUAGUUUGGUGUAUGUACAAGUAAAUAAAGUUAGUGAAGAAUUGCGUUUAAAAGCGACUCUUCUGCCACCGCCGUAACAAUAUAGACGGAGAUUUGGAACAUUUUUAAUUAAUUUUAUAGUGCUUAAUGAUUUAUGUGAUUGGACAGAAUUAUUGUAAUGACAAUUUUGUGAGCAUUUAAAAAUUUACGAAUACUUAUAUGUAUAUAUGUACAUGAAGAAAUUGUGAAUUUGGAGGAUUACAGAUUACAAUUGUUGAAAAUACAGACGACAUAGUUAACGAUUAUGGCUAUACUGAGAUUGCAGUAAAAUCAAUCUUAAAUUAACAUUUUUAAAACAUUUUAAUUCAAGGUAAUCACUUUGCAAUAGAUAGUAGUUUAUUAUUAUUAUAUUAUUAUUAAAAAUUAUGCAUAAUCAUUAUUAAUAAUAAUGGUUAAUAUUAUUACUAGUAAUAUUGGUAAUAAUGAAUGUAUGUAAUGACAAUUUAUCAAGGUGUUCAUAUUUAACAUAAUAAUAUUAAAUGCAUUAUAUGUAUUAUCAUUGAAAAACUUGGGCGUAACAACAAAGUUUAGGAGACUAAAUAUGUAUGUACAAUUUACUUUUUUAAGUUCCACAAAUUUAGAUAAAAUAUCAAAUUAUACAAUGUGAUCCUCCAAAAUAAUGAAAUCAAAAUGCAUAAAGGUUUUAUAUUGUUUUUA